AUGCAAAAAAACAACAUAGUUAUUAAUACAGAAACUCUCUUUUUGGAAGAAGAAAAUAUAGAUGACUUUACAGAGAAUAUGAUUUCAAAAGAAACAACUAUUUCUAACAAAGAAAACCAACAAGAAGAACUAGAACAAAUAGCAUGA